GUUCCAUUGCCAUUGUUUCAUACAAAUACAAUAGACAAACAACAUUUAUCAAAAAAAGAAUGACAAGAAAAAAGCAACCUAAAAAGAAAGUGGAAAUUGUAUUUGAUCCACUGAAACGCAAAGAAUUUCUGACUGGAUUUCGUAAGCGAAAGAAUGAGCGCCGCACUCGUGCGAAGGUAGAGUUGGAGCGCAAUCUUAAGGAAGAGCGCAUACGCAUCCGGCAGGAGGUAAAAGAUGGCUUCAAGCAUCUUAAGAAAUCCUAUGAACCACUCAAAGAACUCACCGAGGAGGAGAAGGCGGAGUCUAAUGUCGCCGAGGCCUACGAAGAUGAGGAGGUCCAGGUGAAAAUUGUUGAGCUGACCACAAACGAUUUGGCUGCCCAAAGAAAUAUGCUGGGUGCCAAUCAAGCUGAGGACACAGAUGAAGAUGAUGACGAGGAAUCUGACAGCGGCGAGAUGGAACAAGAUGAAACCAAUCGUAUUCCCGGCAUGGAUUUCGAUCAUAAACCCAAAAAAACCAAACAAACUACUUCAGAGAGCACAAACAAUCCAAAAUCCACAGAUGAUGUCGAAUUCAAGAGUAAAAAAGAUUUGGAUAAACUGAUGAAGACGAAAACAUUGAAGAAAAUCAAAAAAAGCAAGCUAUUCAAAAUGAAGGAGCAAAUCGAUAAAAGAGCCAAUCUGAAGAAGGUCAAACGUGAUCGCAAUAAUACUAUCAAAAGUGUUCCCAAACAUCAGCGGAAGAAGCUCAAAUAUGGUCAUGUCCAGCAGCAGACCAAGUAUCGCAAGGGUCGCAUGGUCAACAAAAAGGAGAGACGGAAACGUGCCAAUGGCGAUUAGGAUAAUUCACUUUUAAAUAAAUGUAUUUUUUUCCCAAACCUA